UAUAAAAUCUGGGAGAAUGAGCAGAGUUUUUUUUAUCAACUAUGGGCGUUGUUCUUUUUACGCUAUUUAAUAAUCCCGAUGUUCUUUGGCUGAAAACGACGGAGAUACGACAAAUACCAUUAAACAACUGUGCUAUCUGUCAUGCGUGGGUGGGUUCCAAGUGGCCUGGAACCAUUGCAGACCUUGUUCGCAAGCGGAAGUGUGUAUCCACUUAAAUUGAGAAGGUGCGCUGAUUUAAAAUUCGUAAAAUGUGGAUCAUUGUAGCAAUCAUUUGUGCUGCUCUAGCUGCAUUCGUAUACAACUAUGUGUUCCGUACGUCCGGACCAAAUCCUUUUGAUAUCGACACUCGUGAGCCGCUUAAACCACUGGUCACCCAAAAGAAGGAGAAAAACAAAGUUCUGAAGCAGGGUUUCUUGGCCAGUAAAGUACCCGAGAAACUAGAUGCCAUUGUCAUUGGCAGUGGAAUUGGUGGUCUUGGGCUGGCGGUGCUGCUGGCUAAGGUUGGAAAGCGGGUCCUGGUUCUGGAGCAGCAUGAUCGGGCCGGAGGCUGCUGCCACACCUUUACAGAGAAAGGCUUUGAGUUUGACGUGGGUAUCCACUACAUUGGGGACCUGUUGGAGCAUAAGCCCUUCCGCUGUAUGCUUGACCAGCUGACCAAUGGUCAGCUGCAGUGGGAGCCGCUGGACAACCCAUUUGACCAGGUGGUGCUGGGCCCUCCUGAGAACAGGCGCACCUAUCCCAUCUACAGCGGCAGGAACCGUUUCCCUGACGAGCUGAAGAAGUUCUUCCCUGGGGAGGAGGCGGCCAUCGAUGAGUACAUGAGGCUGGUCAAGAAAGCAGGACGCAGCGUUUGGUUCCUGUGUCUGCUGAAGCUCGUUCCUGUCCCCCUGGCCAAGUUCCUGGUGUACACAGGCCUCGCCAAUCGUCUGUCGUUCUUCUUCCGCAUGGCGUCUCGCAGCGUGACUGAGGUGGUCAACGAACUGACUGAGAACAAUGACCUCAGGGCCGUCUUCAGCUACGUCUUUGGCACUUACGGUAACAUGCCCAAGGAUGGCAGCUUCUCCAUGCACAGCCUGCUGGUCUGCCACUACCUGACUGGCGCCUGGUACCCAAUAGGAGGAGCCAGUGAGAUCGCCUACCACAUGAUCCCUAUCAUUGAGAAAGCAGGGGGGGCCGUGCUCGUCCGCGCCCCAGUCAACCGCAUCCUGUUCAACGACAACAAGGAGGCUAUUGGUGUGAGCGUGAUGAAGGGUCAGGAGGAGAUCCAUGUGCAUGCUCCAAUGGUCAUCUCCAACGCCGGCAUCUUCAACACCUACCAGAAGCUGCUGCCCAAGGAACUCCAGGCCAUGCCAGCCAUCCAGAAGCAGCUUGGUAUGAUGAAAAACGGGGCAGGAGGUCUGAGCAUCUUCGUGGGCCUGACUGGAACCAAGGAGGACCUGGGCCUCAAAGCAGACAACUAUUGGAUCUUCAAAGAGCACAACCUGGAUGAACUGGUUGUCACCUAUCUGAAGGGAAACAGGGAGGAGUCAGCGAGAAGUGUGCCCCUCCUCUUUGUGGCCUCUCCAUCAGCCAAAGAUCCCACCUGGGAGGAACGAUCACCAGGCAAGUCCACCCUGAGUCUGGUGAGCUUUGCUAACUAUGAGUGGUUUGAGGAGUGGAAGGAUGACAAGGUGACCAACAGAGGGACUGAUUACAAUGAGCUGAAGCAGAUCUUCUGUGACUCGAUUCUGGAGGUGGUGAUGAGCGUCUUCCCCAAGAUUACCAGGGACAAGGUUGAGUUCAUAGAGGCUGGAACACCCAUAACAAACACGCACUACAUUGGAGCCCCUAAAGGGGAGAUCUAUGGAGCAGACCAUGGCACAGCUCGUUUCAGCGCUGAGUGCAGUGCCACCGUGAGGCCCCAGACACCCCUGAAGAACCUCUACCUCACAGGUCAGGACGUGUUUGUGUGUGGCUUUGCUGGUGCGCUGGCUGGGGCUCUCACCUGUGGUUCUGUCAUCCUCAACCGUAACCUGCACCUGGAUACCAUUGCUCUGGCCAAGAAGACCAAACGUGUCGACACUAAGAAGUUGGAGUAACACAAGACUGACCACCUCCCUCAACCCGUUGUGGCUUCGGGUGAAGUUUCCCUUAGGUACAGAUCUAGGAUAAACUUCCCCUCCCCCAAUCCACAUUAAUGGGGAAAAUGCCUAACUGACCCAAGAUCACCAUCUAGGGGCAACUUCACCCAGCUCACUGAAAGCUUUAAUAACACAAGUCCAGGGGACAGGCUUCGAUCUCUGGUCCUACAGUCAACGUGGUGAAAAGAUCCCUCAAGACGGUUACUGUGUGUUUGAGGGUGUGACUAUUCUAAUCAAUGAGUGAAGAGAACUCUGCUCUCUCUCACUGUUGAGGGAAAACACAUUUGAAAGUCUAUGAAUCUUUCUGUGGAUGCUAUCUGCAUCAGAUCUGGGAAAUGAAGUUUACAACCAAUCGACCUUUGAAAAUGAUAGCCCAGGGAUAGAUAGCUUUUUUUUUUUCCAUUGUGUUUUCAUAAAUCAAGUGUGCAGAUGGAUGUGAUUUAAUACUAAAUAUUUUCACUCUUAAUAUAUUGAGAACAAGUGUUGGGUGGAGUAGAUUAAGUUACCAAUACUUUUGAUACCAGUACCAAUAACCACUGCAAACAUGUUAAUAAUUAAUCAUUACUCAAUAUACUGUGGAUGGAUAACAGUGGCUUCUGUCUGAGUUUUCAGACGGUCUUCCAACCAGCUAUGCUAAAUUCACCUAUGCAAUAAUGUUGGGUGAAAAAAAAAGCCAUGACGCAACAAAAUUGUGAACCAGGUUUAAAAGCUCUAUGCUGUAACUCUAACCACUGUAAAUGUCUAUUGCCUCCAUUCGAACACAGAUGUAAAGACUGGAUUGUUUUGAAUGAACAUGCCUUGAGUUAUUAAACAUGGAAUACAAAAAUA